AUGCUAAUUUUCGGGGAAACCUUCAUAGGAGCUUUGGGGGGCCUAGUGGACUGUGCGGCCGCAGUGCAUGGCCAGCUGCACUUCGGCCGCAACCACAUCAAACUACAACUGCUUGACACAAUUUGCAGCCCACAGCUUGACCAGUCAAUUGUAACCGCACUUGCCAACUGUGCCCCAUGCAAAAACUUCAGGGGUAUGCACCUUUACUCCAUCCUAGAGCCUAUCACUCGCUGUCGCCCCUUCGAACUACUCGUAGCAGACUACCUCUCCCUACCAAAAGGCACAAAUGGCUUCCACACUGUUGGCCUAUACCUCGACACCUAUUUCCAAUGCAUCUGGGGAUUCAAAUACAAGACGCACAGUACCGCAAAAACCACAAUAUCAGGACUCACCACCAUCACAACCAGCUGGACAAAACCCAACACAUUCAUGACCGACGGCGUCAUAGCGGCAUACUCUGCGUGGGUGAACGGCCUCGUCGAAGGAACAAACAAGAUCCUCCUAGGCCGCCUCAAACGCCUAUGCAGCCCAGAACUUGGCGAAGAUGAGUGUACCGACGUCAAACCCGAGGACAUACCAAAAAACUGGCCGAAAUACUUCGACCAGGUCAUCGAGUGGCUCAACAACUGCAUCCUUCCCGCACUACACCACUCCCCCAAUGAACUCGCGCUAGGCCUGGUCAUCAACACACCAAAAGCGUCCCCGAACACCGCAGAGGCACCACCUUCCAUAGCCGAGGUGGAACGCCAACUCGCCUACACGGAACAACAGCGCCUCAACGGCUAUGCAUUCACAGUGGACCACGCGCACAAACGAAAGGCAGCGUUUAACAGACGCGUCGUCAGCGCCGCACCAGCUGAAGUCAUCUUUGCACGCUUCGACCUUGUCCAAGUCUACAGAAAUGCACUUGAUUUCACCUUAUUCUACAGCAAGCAAGCUGCUUCCCAGAUGGUCACCCCCCCGGCGCAUCCCUCUCGCCGACUCAAGAAAUUCGUGCCCCGCAGCGGCACAAAGCUCGCACAAGAACAAGCAACCCUGCUACAAGACAAAGAAGGCCACCCCAAAGAAGACGGCACCGACGGCCCCAUCUUUCCCAGCGAACAAACAGAACACCCCUUGCUAGAGGACUCACCAUCUGAGGACCCCGCAAACGAAGACAAAUCGGAGGGCUCGAACACCUCUGACCUCAAAGACGACGCCGAAACAGAGGACAAGGAGGACGAGUCACGUCCUCGCGCCGGGCGCGCACUACGCUCAGGACGCAUCAUUCAUUAG